GUCAUGUCAUGUGUUGGUGUUGCUUGGCUUGCUUGCUUUCAGCUUUCUUUACUUUGCUUGUACGCGCGUCGUCAGUCAAUGGGACUGUUUAUGUGUAGAAACAUCUAUCGCAUAACACACAAAUCGUAACAACAAACUCGAUCGUUAUUAUAAAACCGAAACAAGCUCUGUACAGUGCCAAUAACAAGAGGAUAUUUAGGAAAUAUGUGAAAGUGACAGUACCAAAAUCGACAUAGUUUUUGUGUGAAUAUAAUGUUAUUUCGCAUAUUUUCGAGUACCGUCAGUUAGUGUAUCGGCGUUUAUAAAGAAGAUGUUACGCGUAAGGCAUAGUUCUUGUGUAGUGGAGGACACUUGAUCGGGAACACUAUGUUCGAAGCAGGAUAAGCGUACUCGAUUAUAGCACGAUCAGCUAUAAUGCAACACGAGUGUACGCAGGAGGGUGGCAGGAGCAGGUACGAGCGGCGGAAGCCCAGCAAGGUGCUGAAGAUAGCUGAGAGCUUCACGAACUUGGAUGAGACGGCGAAGUCAGGUCGUUAUGUGCGGGGCCCUCACUCUAAGUUGGGGCGCAGGUACCGUGAUGGGGAGACCGGGAGCCGGACUAAACGUGCGGUGUGUUGUGAUGAUGAUUGUGAUAAGGAGUCAGGUGUCAGUGAGGAUUGUGAGAGACUGGGUGACCGCAGGGUGACAGGCUCGUCAUGCACGGCCCUGCGGACUGCUGUGGCCGCGCUCUAUCCCUUCGACGACUUCAUACUCGAGAAGAUUGGCGCCGGAUUCUUCUCUGAAGUUUUCAAAGUUACGAAUAAGACGUCCGGCAAGGUGAUGGUGCUCAAGAUGAACCAACAACGUGCCAACAGGCCCAACAUGUUACGAGAGGUGCAGCUCAUGAACAAGCUCAAACAUCCAAAUAUACUUGGUUUCAUGGGCGUAUGCGUACAUGAGGGGCAGUUGCAUGCACUCACGGAGUACAUGGAAGGUGGUUCCCUUGAGCAGCUAAUCCUUAGCCGGCCGCCGGAGCCCCUGCCGCAGCCCCUCAGGGUCUCCCUCGCAGCUGACGUAGCAGAAGGCAUGAUGUACCUACACUCCCUCGGUGUCUUCCAUAGGGAUCUUACUACUAAGAAUGUAUUAUUAAGAAAGAUUGGAGAAGGCGACUACAUGGCCGUUGUCGCUGACUUCGGCUUAGCAGCUAAAAUACCUCAUCCUGUGAACGGUUACAGGCUACCAAGCGUGGGGUCUCCUUGGUGGAUGUCCCCGGAAUGUCUUCGCGGACGGUGGUACGACCAUCGCUCAGACAUAUUCUCCUACGGGAUCAUACUGUGCCAACUUAUCGCCAGGGUGGACGCCGACCCGGACGUGCUGCCCCGCACGGACAACUUCGGCCUCAACUACAUGGCGUUUGUGGAGCUCUGUGACGAGGACACCGUACCCGACUUCCUAAGGCUCACCUUCAAUUGCUGCAUCUAUGAACCAAAAGCGCGUCCGCUAUUCCCAGAAAUAGUGAGCAAGCUGGCCGAAGUGAAGGAGAGCCUUGAUGACACUAAUUGGGGCUCGCAUAGUACUAACAACCACCAUGAGAGUGAGGACGCAGAUUCAUCAGGUCCUAGGUCGUGUCCCGGCUUGUACGCGUGGCGGAGACCUCAGCGGUACCGUUCAGAAGGCAGCCCGCGGCAUCACGACCACGACCAACUGCAACACAGGCGUUCGCUGUCGGAGCUGGAGUGGGGCGGCGCGGCCUGGCCGGGCCCCGGCGGGCCCGCGGGCGCGGCGCACCGCUCGGCCUGGGCGCUGGGCCCCGGCGGGGGCGCGGGCGCGCGGGCUGCCCCGCCCCGCCUGGCUCGCCUGCAUCGUUUGGCGCACAUCAUGUUGCUGCGGGACGCGCACGCCGCGCCCACCGCCGCGCGCCGCCCUCUCGACACCUUCCGCGGCGUCAAGAAGAUCCUCGAGCCGCACCCGGGCUCCGCGUCCUGCGCCUCGCUGGCGUCCCCGCCGCGCGCCGCGUCCCGCGCUCUCGAGGCCGCAGACGACACGCGCGCUGCGUCGCUACCAUCGUCCCCCGCGUUGUCGCGUCGCGGCUCACUCGAUGCUCGCGCGCCGCGCUCUCCUGCGCAUGAACUGCGACGCCGCGCUUCUUGCGAGAGCGGCAUCUUUUCCGUGGCCAACGAAGAGCUGUGCCCCGCGCGGGCCGGGGCCAAGCCACGUGCCGCGGUGUGUCCAUGCUCUCUGGUGGGUUGCCACCGGUGUUGGUGGUGGCGACGAGACCCCGACGUGAGCGAAGCGGCGCCCGGCCCCGCUCCCACAGGCGAAGCUCGAGCUCGACUCUGCGCCGACUGUCUACUACAAUACGAUCGCGCGUUAGACGCCCGGCCAUCGCGACGUGCGCCACUGGACGACUCUGCAUUGGCGGUUCCGUCGGGGUCGCUCCGCAGCCUGGACGAAGACACGUCGUCGUUCCUUUGCGGGCGACGCGACGUCGAGGCGGAGGCGGAGGCGGAGGUGGAGGCGGAGGCGGGGGCGGCGGAGCUGUGCGAGUACCACAUCCUGGCGACGUGCUGCUGCGCGGCGGGCGCGGGCUGGGCGCGGCGCGCGCGCGCCGGGCUGGGCAAGCGCAGCUCGAGCGUGUACACGGACAGCUCGGAGGACGUGGCGUCGCUGGCGGGGUCGGACAGCGUGUACAUGGAGGAGCGGCUGCCGCGCGCGGCGCGCUCGCAGCAGAUCCGGCAGAUGGUGGAGUACUUCGAGCGCGCGGGCGCGGGGCAGGCGUGCGAGCGCGCGCGCGGCCGCCGCGUGCGGCUCACGCUGUGCGCCGGCGCCGUGCGCUCCAAGCUGCCGCUCUUCGACACGCGCUGUUAGCGCCGCACUCACUGACUCUAACUUCGUACUUUGCUUAUAUUUGUACUGAAGACGAACGUUGAGAUUACACGGCGAGUUGUAGAGGAGAUUAGUCGAAAUUAUCGGUGAUAUAGUCAAUGUGUGGUUGAAUAGUCCUUUAUGACGUGGCCUAUCCGUAUAUUAUGAAGGCCUUUUAGUCUUUUUAGUCUAAAUAUUAUAGACGCGGUCUGAAUUUUGAUUUCGCUAACACAUCAGAUGCAGUGUUGCAACAUGUAAAUAAUCAUUUAUUUAGGUUAUGUUUCAAUAACUUUAUAAUUUAUUUUUAUGUUUCCAGUAUUAAAUAUUACUUGCCAGUUUACAGCUACUAUAAGUGUGUACAUAAUUUAAAUUUAAAGUUAAGUUGUCAUAAUAAACGUUGGCUACGGAUUAGUACUGAUCUUAAUAUUUUACGUUAGCAGUGGCAUACUGAUUGCGUUUAGAACCUAUUUAUAAUUUAACUAUACAAAGAUUCAUUUUGCUAUAUUUCGUUAAACUUCGACAAAGUCAUAUUAUUUAAAAUUAUUUUUACUUUAUAAGAACAUUUUUUUAUUUAUCUUUACCUUACAUCAUAAAUUAUAUGUAUACUCAUAAUAUACGGGCUAAAUUCGUCCUAAAAUUAUAUAAAAUUACAAAAUACAAUAAAUGGCGCGUUGCUAGUCUUUUAAAACGUGUCAUUUUUGGCGAAUUCCGUCGAAUUGAUAAAUAGUAACUACUUAUGCGAAAAUAUAUGAAAUUUAAUAAAAACAAAACGAACGACCACGCCAUUUCAAAAGCGUACAAUAAGAACGAAUGCUAAUUGAUUUAACACGAAAAAAUUAAAUAACAAUUUAAAAAUGAAAUAUUUUGACAUGUUUGUUAAUUUUUUCGUGUGGAUGCACUUGUUGAACUUAUGUGGAUUCGUAAAUUAAAGUUGAGAGACAAUAAUAUUCCUGAACACAAUAAGAAAUCAGAUACUUGUGACACUGAUACACUAAAAUUAUUUCUCUCGGCUUUCGUUUAUAGAACCACGCGCAUUCCAUCUUCCACUGUCCUUUAAACAAAAUAUAAUGUACAAACAAAUAUGUGUCAAAAAUCACACCGAACUAUAGAGAAAACUUAACGUUUUGUGUUGCCCGUUGUUUUAUUUUCUACAAAAAUGGUAGAAUUCCCACAUUAAACAAUAAAAAUAAUCUAUUUAAUGCAAAUUAUGAACCUUACAAAUACAAUAGCUGAUAUUAUUCAAUAAAAAACGGGCAACACUGAAAAUGUUAUAGUGAUAUCAUAUUUUUGUAAAUACAGUAUUAAUAUAGUGUAUUUAAAUAUCAUCGUCAUCUUAUAUAGAAUAUUUUACUUUAAAAUCAUGGUUAUAUUGUUAAAUUCAGGGUAUACAUGGUGUAAAUAUUUAAUGAGAUAGAAUUGUGGAAUACUUGAUCCGCAAAUGCGGUUUAGAUGUCAGUGCCAAAAGAAAAUAUUUCAAGAAACAAAUUAUAAAUUCUGCCUUAAACACUGUGUCGUUUCGUUCAGGACGGUAACAUAUAAAUAUUUUAAUACUGUCAGGAUUUACAGGAAAAUGAUCCUUCGAAGUUUAUUCAGAUAUAAACACACACUACAUGUUUUAUUUCUUACCAAGAACAUUAAAUGUACUGGCUGAACGACAGGGCAUCGUCUGUCAAGGCUAAACUACAACAUCAGGAUGUCGAAUUAGUGUUGAAACUCCUUAAUUUAUAUAUUAUGAAUGAGCAAUUACGUGUCCGUCCAUAACUAGGCGAAGAAAUGCUUUGUGUCUUUGCAGUUCUACCAUCUUACAAUAAACACAGUUUUCAACUAAAUGUAUGUGUAAACAUAGACGAAAGUAAGUCUCAACCUGCUAACCUAUUAGAUUUGAAUGCAUUUCAACCGUCAGUUGGUCUCUAACAUGUGUCGUUUCUCCUAAGUGCCGGUAAAUACAAUUUUCGGUAUAUGCUGGAGAUCAAUUGCCACUAAUUGGACACUAAGACUGAUAGUGGAACUACUUAGCAGCUUUUUGCAGCAGAUACAACAUACUGUAACAUGUGAGACAGUAACCAUUUUUUACCUACAUAUAGAUGCCGCCUCUUAUGAUAAAAGCAUCUUAUACCUAUGUACUAUUCCAUUCCGCAAUAAUAACGAGUGCUGUCUCAUAUCUUACUAGUCUGUGUGUGUACUAGAAUAUUCAUUGUGGUAUUUACUACAACAAUUUGUUGUUCUAUGUAUGUUUAAAUUGUUGCUGUAUACAUUUACCUAUGUUUUCUUAGCCGAUUUUAUUAGUUAAUAACAUUUUCACUGUAAUUCAAAGUCAUGCUAAAUAGUUCAAAGCGAUGACGGUUCGAAUCAUCUUUAGUAACUAUAGUUGCUAUUCUGCUGAAUAAGGUAAGGAGCAAGAUGUCGUUAAUGUAGAACAAAUUUUACCUAAGUAUUGACGUAAAAAAGAUGAACAUGAUUGCGAUAUUGCAAAUUCUUGAAACCAUUGUGAUGUGACGUAAGUAUAAUUAUUAAAAUUUAUCAAAAGGAAACUUAUUUAUUUAUCUUAUCUGCGAUCUCAAGUAGCAAUCUUAUCGAGCUAAAUACAUAUUCAAUCCCUGUACCAUUUAUGUGAAUCUUGUGUGAACUAUUUGAAGUCCAACUAUUGGUAGUAUAUCCUCAUCGAGCCUAGAUAUUUUUUUGGUCAAAUUAAUCUUGGGGAAAAGAUGUUAGCUCUGUAAUGUCCGCCUAAAACAUCUUAUUCCCCGAUCUGUGUACCAUAUUUUGCGCAGAGAAUUUAUUGAAAACGUGGGCUACCGUUUUUGCGCAUUAGAUGGCGCUCAUGUGAACCUCGCGUCUAAUAGAGAAUUAUCAAAGCGUCACAAUAUUGGACACUGAAAUUUUGGUUUUUUGGAAGCUGUAUUUAUUGAGAAACCUAGAAUCUAGAACCUUUUUAGAUUAGGACCAUCUGUAGAAAAAAACCGUAGCCCUCAUAGCGGGAAUACCUUUAACAUUUUUGUGCCUAGGCUUUGGACCGAUGACAAUCACAUUGCCUUGAGGUCUGGCAGUAAGAUCUAUAAAUAAUAAUUUUAAUACAUGUCUGGUGAUCAAAUAGUUGUUAAUAUUAACUUUAAUGUUGAAAUAAUCGAGUAAAUUGUAAUUGCAAUAGUUUGAUUUUAUAUUUGAGCAAUGUACCUAUUUUAAGUUUCAUAGUCUUUGUAAUAAUUUCAAAUUUAGCAUCCGAAAUUUCGACCAAGUUGGAUUGGCCAAAUUUAAUUAUUUAUUAAAAUUAUUAAUGUGCAAUAGAACAUUGUAUAGAAAUUACUGAAACGGCUUAGUUUAUGUUUGGCAACAAUAAAAAUAAUAAUCGUGAUUUCAAUAUGUUUGGACAAUUCGCUAAUAAACAAAAUAAAAUAGCAAAUUGCAGUUUCAAAACAUAAAAUUCCAGCUAAGUAAUGUUAAAUUAUUAAGUUUAAUUAAAACAAUGUAAUAAUUAAACUCGUUUCACAUUUGGUGUAACUUUUCUCACUAAGAUAAUAAAAUGUUUCAGCACUAAUUCGGAUCAGUGUUGCCAGCUGGCUUCCUAUUAUUCGUAUUUUUUUGUAAAAAGGGACAAAGUUACACCGCAAUAAGCAUAUCAGUUACAGAAUGUAGGUAAUGGUUAGUUAUGUUUACAAUAUUAGGUUAUCACGAGUUUCACACGACCGAUUAUAUUUCACAUUACUGGUUUAUUUUAUUUAUGUAUUAACCUGCCUAGAACAUAUUAUUUGGAAAGUAUAAUGAUGAAUACAGGCACCAAUUUCUAUCAUUUACGAGACAAUAAAGAAUCCUCCCAUUUGAUAACUUCGGACCUGAG